AUGGCGUGGUAUUCCAUCCUACCAUCGGAGCUUACCCACCUCGAGAGCUGGGCAGCUCGCAUCUUCGUGAGUUUCCCCUUUCCUCUCCCGCCUUUAGCCCUUACCCCCCUUCACUAUGACGCAGUUACUGAUCUACUACCCCGGAUUCCGCAGUUUUUCCUCGGUCUCAUCACAAUUGGCCCAUGGGCUUUCCUCGUAUUCCUCGACGCAACCAUCUGGAUAUAUCGACUGAUCCUUUGGGAAGUCCCCUGGAUUGGUGGGCGAGCACGUGGUCGACAGCGUCCUCGCGCGCCGAGCUUGAAUGAACGUCCGGGCGGGCAACGGCGGGCAUUUGGACUGCGUGGCGUGGAGAUGGAUACCGGUGACAGCGAGGCGGCAGAUCGAGAUGAUUCGCCGUGGUCGAAAAGGGAGAGAGAUCGUGAUGACCCUGGGAAGGAGAACGUGAGCCCUGUUGUCCAAACAUUGAAUCCACAUUUGAGUGGAGAUGGUGUCUUGAAACAAAGGAGCUCGGGGCAGAUAUGA